AUGCCGCUCACCACCGCCCUCCUAGGUCUCGUCGCGCUCGUGUCGCCUUCGCUCGUGUCUGCAGCGACACCAGGCUAUCACGCCUUGCCCUGGGACGGUAGCGCGUACAACCUCACCGUUGAUACGCUUACGAACAAGUAUUCGACUCCCAUCUUCAUCCAACGCAAUGGUGGCAACAAUGGCAAUCCAGCUGACUACAUCAGUAUGCAGUAUCAAGCUCGCCCAGAGGGCUACAACAGUGAUGAUGGCGCAUUGGCGAUUGGCGUAGAUGACAAAGCCAUUUUCAACGACAACACCGGUUCCCGUCGCUCGGAUUUGUUUCAGCAGAUCGAGGGCACGGCUGAUGGCACCACUUUCUACCGUGCCAGUUUGAUGAAGACAGAAGCUUUCCUAAACGCGUAUGACUGGCAACUGGUCUUCCUGGGCUCUGGUGUCUUUACAAUCGGUGUCGACGCGUCGGUGAAGCCGCCCCUGAUGUACUACCGCACUAACGGCACGACUGACGCAAGGUGGUCGGCAGAAUUCGUGACUGGCACAUGGUACAACUUUGGUAUUGGUGUGGAGAAGUCGGCUGAUGGUGUUAACACGGUGUUGGAGUUCUACACGAGUACGGGUCAGGACGAGCUGGUGUUCAACGUCAAGACUGAAUUGAAAGGAUCGAUCCUUACGAAAGAUUCCUUCCACAUUGGUCCAGUAACGACCCUGAGUGGUACUUCCUCCGCUAUGAACGCGAAACAGGAUGUUGUGUUGUUUAACGGAAUGUCGGCCGAAGCAACCCCAAUUGAUGCCGGAGCCCCCACACCGGCCCCAUCGGAGGGCGGCACUGUCAUUGUUGCGGAUAGCAGCAGUGGCUCGACCAGUACCGCUGGCGAGGCUCGAUCGUUCACUUUCAACGACCGCAAGUAA